UUUGGUUUCUGAACGAUUGGCUUGGGCAAGUGUCAAACUGACAGUAAAAUGUCAACAAAUUAUUGUGAAAAUGGCGACUACCGGAGUAGGCUUUCGAUGGUUAGAUUUAUUAGAAAAGGAAUUCGAUAAAGCAUGUGUGGAAUUAGACACCUCUAUAACAGAGCUGGAAGCGGAGGAGCCAGAAGUGGUGUUUGGUGCUCGUCAGAAGAUUGCCACACUCAGCUCAUGCUUCGCACAACUCACGCACAAGGCACUUACAAUAUUUCAGAAUAGUGCCAAAAUAGAGGCUGAGCUCGUUGACAUGAGGGCAGAACUGGUGCAAGCACGAGCUGCGUCAGCUGGGGGAUGCCAGGAGGGCGGCGACGCGGCCGGCAACGUGACGGACACGGCGCGAGCGCGGUCCGAAGCCGCACAGCUAGCCAGAGAGAACGCCGCGCUCCGGGAAACUGUGCUCGCGUUACACUCCGAACUCUUUGGAGCUAGAUUGGCCACAAAGUACUUGGACAAAGAGCUGGCCGGCAGGAUACAGCAGUUGCAGCUACUCGGCAGAGAUAUGCGCGCUGAACUGAGAGAUUCACUCUGGGCUCAGGUGGAGGCAGAGAUCUUAGUACAGCGCCACAAGACGUUGGUUCGCGUGUGUCGCGGCGCGGGCGCAGCGCGGGGCUGCGGGCGCCCGGCGCCGGCCGCCGCGCCCGCCGCGCCCAACUGCGCGCUGGCACGGACGGUGCGCGUGCGACGAUCACCGCAUUUGGGGCUCGGGAUUUCUGUUACUGGUGGUCGCGAGCACGGGGUCCCGAUCCUGAUCUCUGAGCUAGAGGCGGGCGGGCCGGCCGCGCUCACCGGCGAGCUGUAUGUCGGUGAUGCCAUACUCGCCAUCAAUGAUGUUGAUCUCACACAGGCUUGUCACAAGGAAGCCGUGCAGGCGCUGCAGAGCGUGAAGGGCGACUGCGCGCUGUGUGUGCAGUUCAUCGCCACCGACGACGACGACAGGCUGUCUGAAGACAAUUAUAGGUUCCCGCUGUAUCCUGAGGACGGGUCUGUGUUCGGCGCGGAGGGCGACGGCUCGGGCGCCACGCCCACCGCGCCGCGUACGCCUGACUACAACAGACGCACAUCAGAAGCGGGUUCGGGCAGCGAGUGCGAGUCGGAGCCAUACCGCGUGGCACCGCCGCCGCCCGCCAACUAUCCCGACUACAACAACAUUAACAACAACCUGAACAUACUGGAUAUGGACGACGACUCCAUCAAGAUCGAAGCAAGGCUUGAGUGGUCGGGCAGCGCGCGGACGGCGCGGGCGGCGCGCGAGGCGUCGUCGGGCGACUCGGCCGCCUCCACGCCCGUGCACGCGCGUCCCAACGCGCUCAAGAAGAAGCGCAAGCCGCAGGACUGGCGCACUAAGGGCGCAUACAGACCCGUGGAACUGGAAGCUCCCUCGUCCGACGAACCUCUUGCUGAGGCGCCCUGCGAUAAUCUGCCCUCUGGUGUGAAGAUAAUUAUAUAUAUUUUUUUUAUUUCGGGCGAGUCACCUCUAGCGCCGACUCCCGCGCCGCAGCAAAUACCGCAGAUUGCACAGGCGCCGCUUAUCGAUAUCGAUACCAAGGAGUCCAAGCCUAGCAAGCCGAACGGAGACGUGAAACCCCUCAGAAGAGAGUCCAAAGGAUUUAGGAUAGGGUCAGCGCGGCGGGUGACGGAGACCGCGGCGCUUACGAACGGGGCUGCAGAGCGCGGCAAGUUCCCGCCGCGCCUGCUGGCCGGCGACGGCGACCCCGACUUCGGCACCCCUGUCUGAACGCAGCUCAGCUCACCGCCACCGAGUACGGCCUACACUACUUAGUAUUAAUAGCCAGAGAGACGGCACACAUUUUUGAGUAGGUUUUGAGGGGAGGUGAAAACUUGUCCUGUAUCUCUUGAAUAAAAAGUUUAAGUCUAUUUUCAAAGAAAAUUCAAGGAAAAUUCAAAAUUAAACGUUUAUGUCAUUUGCAAUUUAAGUAAAAUUUAAAUUAGUCUAUUAGUACUUGAAAAAAGUCGAUUGAAAAGAAAAAUAUAAUGAAAAAAUGCAUUUGAGGCAAUUUGAAAGUCUUUGGUUGAUUAAACCUAGGCAGCGAGGUUUGUGUUGGAGUACAGAAUAAGAGCAGGAUAAGUUCAAAUCUUGCCUCAACUACCUAUCCAAAAAUGUGUACCAGCUCUUGGGCAAUAACAGUAUUCGUUAUUUUACGCCGUCAUUCUCAGUGCUUACUUUUUAUUUCGUAAGGGAGUAGUUACGCGUAGAGUUGCGCUCGGUCGCUUUUGUGUGUCGAUAACGAUAGUUGUCGGAGAUUAGUUAGUCGACUGUUUGGAUCUCUAGUCGCGAGCAUUCGUACCGCGAGUGUCGAGCGAUGCCAUGUGGAGCUGAAACUUCAACUAUUUAUUCAUUUGGGUUAUAGAUUUAUAUCAAUUUGACUUGAUCAGGCUUAGUUAAUUAAACCAUCUAG